AUGACUAUGGAAGCAAUGGAGAUGCCACCGAAGGGUGGGUUCAGCUUCGAAUUGUGCAAGAGGAAUGACAUGCUCGUCAAGAAGGGUUUGAAGGAACCCUCAUUUCUCAAGACUGGGACCACCAUUGUGGGCUUAAUUUUUAAGGAUGGUGUCAUUCUUGGAGCAGACACACGAGCCACUGAAGGACCCAUUGUUGCAGAUAAGAAUUGUGAGAAAGUUCAUUACAUGGCCCCAAAUAUUUAUUGUUGCGGAGCUGGGACUGCUGCUGAUACAGAAGCUGUUACAGCUCUUUCACUGUUGAAGUCUCAUCUUUUCAGCUACCAAGGAUAUGUCUCAGCUGCUUUGGUGCUCGGUGGAGUUGAUGUCACAGGCCCACAUUUGCAUACCAUAGAUCCACAUGGUUCAACUGACACACUCCCAUUUGCCACUAUGGGUUCUGGUUCCCUUGCUGAAAUGGCUGUCUUUGAGUCAAAAUACCGUGAAGGACUGACUAGGGAUGAAGGUGUGAAAUUAGUAUCUGAGGCGAUAUGCUCUGGCAUAUUCAAUGACUUGGGAAGUGGAAGCAAUGUAGAUAUCUGUGUAAUAACCCAGGGGGAGAGGGAGUACCUGAGAAACCACAUGUUGCCGAAUCCCCGCACCUAUAUUAGUCAGAAGGGUUAUUCCUUUUCCAAAAAGACUGAGGUAUUGCGGACAAAGAUUACACCAUUGAGAGAGAUGGUGGAAGUGAUUGAAGGAGGUGAUGCAAUGGAGGAAUGA